AUGUGCAUGCCGUACCUGGGUAAACUGUUCUCGAGCGGGCAACGCCGCCGGACUAGUGCAACUGGGACGCCACGCCCCAGCCUGGCACCGACACCGCAGCAAUCGAACGCGACAAUUCAGACCACCAAUGUGAACAGCGUGAGGGCGUCCAAGAAGGAGUCCGGCAUGCCUGUCAAGGCCAGCCAUAAUACUGCGGCCGCAGCCAGUCUGAAGGAGUCCUCAGCUAGCACUGCUGCCCAGGCGGCCGGCACUGCAGUGGCUCAAGCACCGGCUGCAGCGGCUGCCGGCCCCGCCAAGCCGACAUCUUGGUGGGAAUACCUUGGCAUGAAUAAGAACAAGAAGGGCAGCAUUAAUUCGCUGUAG